AAGUGAGCGGCGCGAGCAAAUCCAGGAAGGCGGGAGAUUGGAGAUUUCAGAUGUAUAUCACCAAAACAAAUCUUCAGUGAUCAACGCCAAAGCACUCAGCCCUGUUCGGGAUCAGGAAGGUAGAGUCUGACAUUUACAUCUUCCAGAGCUGGUGUUUUAUUGUCCCUUUAGAAUAAUGGAUGUAUUUGAGUAGAGAGCAGACGGAUGAACAGAGACCCAAUGGAUCCGCUGGAUUUUCUCACUGAAGAGGAGAUGAUGAAGUUUUUUCACUGCAAGAAGACAGAGAUCUCUUGCAUGGAGGAACCGCACACCUUCCUCAACCAGCUCCGAGACCACAACCUGGUACCUGAGAAGCUCUACCAGGUCAUAAAGAUGAAGUGUAAAGAGAAAAAGCAGAACGGUCUGUAUCAGAUUUUGGAGUGGCUGGAGAAGGAGGGAGGACAGAGUGUGAAGCUGUUUUGGACUUGUGUUUUUAAGAAUCACAUCUUGCAGAAAUAUUCGGUUCUCCGUUUGCUGCAAAACACCCUUCUGGACGGCUCCUUCAGGUUUUAUAUGGAGCUCCCUGAUGCAGAGGAACGAAGCAAGAGCAAGCAAGACUCAAUCCGGACCAAGAAGGAUAAAGUAAAUGGGCAGGCGUGGACAAGAAAGAGAAAGAAAAGCACUGAAGAAACAGAGGAACGAGAAGAACCAGGCCCUUCUGCUUUCUCUAAUCAUAACCAGAAGAAGCCUGCUAAGAAGGAUGCAUUAAGUUAUAAGAGUAUCCAGUCCCAGGAUCGCUGGUUCACUGCAAGUGAAUUUGAGAAGUUUGCUGGAAAGGAAAACAUCAGGAACCGGAAGCAGAGCAUCUGCUACCAAAGCACUCCACUGCAGAAACUUAUCGAGGAUCAUCGACAAUCUCCAAGCGCAAAAAGACACGAUGAUCAGAAGAAUCAGAACAUUCAGCUUCCUGUCAGCUCUUUCGAAGCCCCUGGUCCCCCAUUGCUCCACUGGUGUCUGUUAGACUCAGUAUCCAGUGUAGAGACAGAGGGAUCAAGUGAAGUCCAUGAAGAGGAAUGGAAACUGGAAGAGGAAGAAGACAGCGAGGCAGGGGAUUUGACCCAAUUUAAUGCGUUUGCUUUACCAGUCAGCUGUGGCGCAGUCAGUGGGAUUUUAUAUAAAAGCAGAUUUGCAGGGUCAUGGAGUAAGAGCAUUCGCACAGAGGAGCACUGGUUCACUCCUGAGGAGUUCGUCAGGCAGGAGUUAACUCUGACAGAUGGCCACUGGAAGAAAGACAUACUGUGUCACGGCAAAACACUUAACUACCUGGUGAAGAAGAAUAUCCUGCGUGUUCAUUUAGUGCUGUGUCAAUGUCACCUGUGCUGCCCUGACGACCCGCUGGAUCAGGAUAACGAUGACGUGUGCUUCAUCUGUAACUCAGCUGGAAAUCUGGUGUUAUGUGACGAGUGCCCACGAGCUUUCCAUCAUCAGUGUCAUUUACCAGUGCUACAGGAAACAACUCUCGGGGGCGAUUGGAUGUGCACUUUCUGUGUGUUAAAGUCGAACCAGGGAUUGUGGAUUCGCAUGACCAAUGAAGGCGUUCUGAACAGUCUUAUUUCCGGAAAAAUGAUGCAUUGCGAGUAUUUGCUGUUGCAUUUGUAUAAGGCGGACGCACUGCGUGUCUUUACUCAAGAUCCCACUUCCACAGUGCCGAAGUACACCAGGGUGAUCUCCAAGCCCAUGUGGCUGGACCGGGUGAAGACCAAACUGCAGAACAAGGAGUAUAAGACAGUGAGGGAGUUCGUGAAUGACGUCAGGCUCAUUUUUCAGAACUGCCACAUUUUCAACAAGGAUAAUGAGUUUGGGAAGAUGGGAGCUAGACUGAGUGAAAUCUUUGAGCGCGAGUUCCACAGCAUCUUUAAGACUCAGUAGCGAUUCUCCACUUUAACUCUGUCACAACUCUUUCUCUCAGUGUUUAUCUGUGCUUAUACACUUUAAGAUGAAUAACUAAUUAAUUAUUACUCUUUAUGACAAUAAGCUUCAUAUUUGGUACAGAAUCAUGUUGUUACCUUCUAAAGCAAUAGGUGUUUUAGUUUUAAGUUGUGGUCACAGCUUUAUGAACAUAUAUACAUUAUUUGUUCCUUUAUAUUUUUAGGUUUAAUUCAGAUUUUAUAUUUGAAUACUGAGUACAGUCUUUUUUCUGUGCAUUCUUGUAUUCUCUCUUAAAAUAAUUUACUUCCUUCUUACUUGCACUUUUUAUUGUUUCUAUAUCAAUUGUUUAUUUUCUGUGUCGCACACUUGCAGCUGCAGACAGAUGUUUAUAUACACAGACAUGAAUGUCAUGGCAAUGUUGGGCUUUCAGUGAUUUCAUGAUUGUACAACAUGCAUCUUUAAUAGAAAAAAAGAAUUCGGUGCACAAGUUUUAAUUUAUUUUGAGUUUUCUGAACUCAACACGAGAACAGAAUUAUACAUACAGGGUCAAAAAUUUACAUACACCACUUAGAUUAUUAAUUCAGUGGUGCCGAAAGUUACAAAACGUCUUAACUUCCCCAGGUCAAGGUCUCUUAACUUCCUAUUAGUCACCAGCUGGUAGUGUCUCUGUGCCAACACUCACUGGCGUGACCAACACACAGUUCAUACCAGCAUACGAUUAAAGAUGUCAUUGAAAUCCCAAAACCAUCAUGACAUUCAUAUCCAUGAUGUCUGUGUAUGUAAACUUCUGACCACAACUGCAUAUGAAUACUCGGAUUGGAAAUGGUGAAUAAAGCAUUUGACUUAUACAGCA